UUUCAAGGCCCUAAAUUCAAGCGGAAAGCUUUGGGUUCAAGCCAGCGUCGGUCGGUCGGUCGGUCAGUCGGUCGGGUCUUGGCAAUAGGGUUGAACCCGCCUUUGUUCUUUGACGAACAACAAGGAAAAGGGCUCCAAAGCGCAACUGAAGUGAGCCAAAAGAGUUGGGUUGUAGCAAAUUGACAUUUGAUUGUCAAAGAGCAAGGAAGAAAGAAGAAAGCUUAGCUGCAGUGGAUGUUCUUCCCUCGGACAGCGUGCGCACAAAGAAAGAAGAAAGCUUAGUGGAUGCCUCCAAGACAUUUAUAGUUGGACAAACAAAUAGUUGGCCGAGGAGUCGCUCGCUUGUUGUUUCAGGAGACAUGCCCGGCGCUCGGCCUCGCUCGGCCUGUUGUUUCAGGAGAGAGGCCGAGCGAGCGCUCGCUCGCCCUUUGCUUCACGCCCCUUCCUGCCAUUGAAAGGAGCGCUUCCUCUUAUCUCCUCCGCACGGAAGGACUUCAAAGCAGGCCCGUGCAGGCAUUGCGCCGCAUUGUUCCAAAGUUCUCGUUCAGGCUGGGGAAGCAACGGGCAGAGGGAGAGCACUCGUGAGGACGACACACAGCCAAGACGCGACGCGGCACGAAGCGACGACUGGGAAAAGACUCGCGGAUGGAUCCCGUCAACUCCACGCAGCUGACCGUCAACCAAUCGGACGCCAGCGGCGUGCUGACGCACGGGGUGCUGCCCUGGCUCUACCUGCUCCUCUGCGCGGCGGGCGUGCCGCUCAACGGCGCGGCCGCCUGGAUCUUCUUCCGGGUGCCCAGCGACUCGGCCCUGGUGGUGUACCUGAAGAACAUGGCGGUGGCCGACCUCCUGAUGCUGGCCACCUUCCCCUUCCGGGUGGCGGCGCAGCUGGGGCUGGGCGGCUGGCGCCUCCACGUGGUUCUGUGCCGCUACACCUCGGUGCUCUUCUACUCGUCCAUGUACGUGGGCAUCCUCUUCAUGGGCCUCAUCAGCCUGGAGCGCUACGUCAAGGUGGUGCGCCGCCCGGGCGGCUCCGCCUCGGCCCACUUCCUUCAGAGGGUGGGCGCGGCCCGGCUCCUGGCGCUGCUGGCCUGGAGCCUCCUCAUCCUGUGCGUGCUGCCCAACGCCGUGCUGACCGGCGGCCGGCCGGCCGACCGGGAGACGUCUCGCCACUGCAUGAGGCUGAAGAGCCCGCUGGGGGUGCAGUGGCACCGCGUGUCCACCUUCUUCAGCGUGGGCCUCUUCUGGCUCACUCUGCUGGUUCUGGCCUUCUGUUACUCCUCCAUCACCCGCCGCAUCUACCGCUCAUCCCGCCCCCAAGGCGGCGGCGGCGGCGGCAGUCGCCGCCACGGCGACGACGUGCGGCGCAAGUCCAACCGUAGCAUCUUCUGCAUCCUGGCCGUCUUCGUCAUCUGCUUCGUGCCCUACCACGUCUGCCGCGUGCCCUACACCCUCAGCCAGAUGCCGGCGUCCGGGUUCAGCCGAGCCUCGCGCCUCCUGCUCUUCCAGGCCAAGGAGGCCACGCUCUUCCUCUCCGCCGUCAACGUCUGCCUGGAUCCCGUCAUCUACUUCCUCAUGUGCCACAGGUUUCGAGAGUCUUUGCUCGCCAAGCUCUCCAGAGGGGACGGGAGCGUCUCGCUCACCGCCGCGCCCAGCCUCAGCAACAUUUAGGACCCGAGGAGGUCAGGAAAGAUCUCAGGCGUGCGGAUGUGAGGGUGCGGAGGAGAUUGAGCUGAGAAGAAGCAAAGCGGCCUCGGUCGAACUGUGGAAAAACGAUGGAUGGGACGAACGUGAGAGCCUGUGAGGAAAUGCGCCAGCCACGAGAUGGCGGCGGGGUAUGACAGAAAACCAGAGGAGAGGAGAGGAGGUGAAGGAUCACAUGCGCAACGGAGAAAGAGCAAAAAUAAAAGCAUUUCAUACUUCAAACAAAAAAA